CCCCUUAUUAAACAUGAGGAGAAAAAUUUUCGCUCUGAUCUGGUUGAUGGUCACCCAGAAAGUGAUCGGCAGCUACCUGCAGAACGAUACAGAUGCUUGCUCAUCCGGGGAGCUGCCGUGUGAUGAUGGUCAGUGCAUCAACUGGAAGUCGUGGUGCGAUGGACCUCAGGACUGCAGCGAUGCUUCGGACGAAAGAUAUUGCCGGGUUGGAAACCCUGAUGACUUAAAAGGUACCGCCGCACUGAACAACUGUUCGAGCACUUUGCACUUCAUGUGUGAAACUGGACUGUGCAUCCCGAGGGCAGGAAGAUGCGACGAUUUGCCCAACUGCGAAAACAGAGAAGACGAGGAACGUUGCGACUUCUCCUAUGAGUCAAGCGACGAAGCGGAGACCUUACCUCCGUCAACUACCACUCCUCCUCCUCCAUCCAGCACUAGCGAGAAGCCUCCGCCUCCACCUCCCUCCACCACGACGCAGAAAUCUUCUCCCCCACCUUCCUCCUCCACCACGACGACAUCAACAACGGCGAAGCCGCCUUCCCCACCUGUGGUCAUCCACAUCGACACCCCGUCUUGGAUUCCGUCCCGAGUCGAAGUUCUCCGCAAGUCCGUUCGACACAUGAUCGACGCUCGUGACAUGUCGUGGGGAUGGGGUCGCUCGACCCCAAAGAUGGUGACAGCCAUGUCCCUGGCGAACGAAAGCUACUUCGAUUUCCUCAACCAGAACGGUCUGAUGACCAAAAAGCAGCUGGAAGUGCAACUGGCGUUGGACCUCAUGAGGCACUCCGAGAAGCCCAUGAAGAUGCUCGAACUGGCGCACUACGUGCACGCGCUCAUAGCCACUUGCCACAAUCCGAGGGACUUCCACGGUGUGAACGUGCUGAAGAUGCUCAAGAAGGCGAUGGCUGACCGGCAGGCCAGGGGACUCUUCGUGAGUCCCAUCGCAUACGUGGCCCUCUGCAACGCCAACGAAUUUUCAGACUCCUACAUCCGAAAGAUGAAGAAUAUGGCUUACCGGAGGAGCGAAGAACAACGAUGGUUGGAUGUUCAAGCGUAUGCCUUACUAGCCAUAUCCUGCAGAACACAGGGAGACACGACGAAUAUCGACGAGUGGAAGUUACUGAAGACGGAUGUAGCGAAGAACAUCAGUGAGUGGCAACAAUCGGAUGGCAGUUUCGGCACUCUUUACAGCACCGCUUUAGCUCUACAGGCUCUAAUCGCAGCCGAGGAGGCGGGAACUGAAUCGAGCAAGGGUCGGGCAAUGACUUACCUACUUCUCAAGCAAGACCGGCAAGGAAGUUUCGGGAACGAUUUGGACAACUACUACGUAUUACCUGCCCUCAACAUGAAGAGUCUCGCCUCCCUCCGCAACAAGAACUGCAAAGUGGAUCCUUAUGGGACCCAGGGCACAGAAGCGGAGAGGCAACCGACGAAGAAAAAUAAACUGAUCAACGUCCAUUAUUCGCUGUGGAUCGGCGGGGAGAAGAACGAGAUCCAUACCAUCACCCUUGCCAUGCCUCGAAGAUCCAACUUCCUGCAAGUCAUGGAAGCCGCAGAAAAAAUUAACCCCAGAUACAAGCACGAGAUCUUGAAGACACCUAGAGGCAACGUUGUGCAUUCCAUAGCGGGGAGAGUCGCGGACAUGGGAAAGAACACUUACUGGACAUUGUACAAGAAAGUACCACUGCCAUUUCGUCCCCAGUUGGCAAACGUGACAGCCACCAUAGCUCGACUCAAGUUGCUGGGAGCAAAGAGAUGGAACCGAGACAUCAGCAAAUUGCAGCCAAAGGACAACGAACAUCUGGCCUUCUGGUAUAAACCUUACCUGUGAAGACAUUGAAAUACUACUUGCAACGACAAAUGAGGCAGUGAGAAGCAAAGGGAUAUAAGUCGCAAAAUUAAAAAAAUUGGUGAUAACCAGCACACAUAGUAGGUGAACCUCUCCUCUGCCUUGGGGCAAGAGAUGGUACCAGUAGCCCUGGUAGUUGCUGCUAUACAGCAUGAUUUAGAAAAAAAAUUCAAUGAAAGCUUACCUAGGAUCUGAUCUUUAAACGCGUUUUACUCAUAACUUGAAAAUGUCCUCUUACAUCACUUUGCUUCUCACUGCCUCAAAUGUUUUUUUCAUUCAGUUUUGACGAAGGCCAGAUUUAAACUCCAUUGGUACUGAAAAAGACGACGAAAAACUUUUUUCGGAUGAAAAUCAUUCCACAAGCAGGGGCGGAUACAAAAAUUUUUGUAAGGGGGGUCGAGCUUCAACAGUCAAUGCAAAAAUCCCUACGUAAAAAGUAUUACCUACCCCCCCCCCCCCCAAGAGUGAUGUGCCCCCUUUAAUACGGAGUACCCCCCCCCCCAAAUGAAGGCAAAACCCUUUCAAAUUCCCGCACCCAGCUAUUUUUAUAAUGGCGCAGCCUGCACCAUGGAUCAUAAUCCCCCAGAUUUUCAUGACAGGCUUGUCACAUUAUCGCAAGCUUUGAAUAUAUGAGAUAACAGCUAUAAAAUAGUUGAAAAAGCGCAAUACAAACAUGGCAAGUGGUAAAAAAGAGACUGAUUCUAUGAACUAUUUUUUCGGAUCUAAACAAUUGAAGUUAAAAAUAAUCGCAAUAAAAUUCUUGUCACAGGAGGGUCAGCUGACUCUCGUUGACCCUCCCACGAAUCUGUCCUUGUCCACAAGCUAACGACAUCCGAAAAAUCUCGAACUUAUAUUUUUUGGAGCGGGGUCAUCUUAAUUUUCCGAAAGGAACUCCAGAAGAGCCUACGAUAUCGAGUGUGACCAUUUGUGCGACAAGCUUUUUUAUCGAUGCGAAAAUAAGAAAUGAAUAACAACAAAUAUAAAAUUAAUAAAGUUGGCAAAUUAAUUUGAAGUUAGAGCCUAAGAAUGUUUGGACAUUGUGAAGAGAGGACUUUUUUGAAAUUUUACUAACUAUUCAAGUUUUCAAUGCAUUCCUCGAUUCAAGUCAUCAGUUUGAGAACAUUUCGUUUCUUUAUAUACAGUUUAAAAAAAGUAUGUGAAAUAGAAAUGGCAUUUUUUUAUAUGAUACGAUUUGUUUCAUCGAUUGUUGAAUAUUUUUUGGCAUUAUGUCUUUUACCAUCGCAGUUUAAAUUUGUUAAUUAAAGUAUUUCAUUCUGGCUAACUUGACAAGCAAAGGUGAUCAAGUUUUUGUUUGUUAGCGAAUGGACUUUAAUUAGAAAUAGUAACACUCAUUUAUAUGAUACAUGCUGUUUCACAUGGGAUUUUCAUCUCAUUCUUGUCUUUUUGACGUUGUAAUAUAAAACGAGUGAGCUAAUUAUUUUAUUUGUAUGAUUUUCGUUCAUUGCAUUUUGUAUAUAUUUGCAUGUUCUGACGUAUUUGUAAAAGAUGUAUUUUUACUUA